AUGGCGACCUCGCGACUUCUAAAGCCCCUUGUAAUUGGCAACAUGCACCUCAAACACCGCAUGGCCAUGGCGCCUCUGACGCGGUUUCGGGCAUCGGAUCGCCACGUACCCACAGAUAUGAUGGUUGAAUACUAUGGCCAGCGGGCCUCAGUUCCAGGCACUCUUCUCAUUACUGAAGGCACCUUUAUCUCUCCUCGAGCAGGUGGCUACAGCAAUGUCCCGGGGAUCUAUACCAAGGAACAGAUCCGAGCGUGGCGGAAGAUCACGGACGCUGUCCACGAGAAAGGGUCAUAUAUAUUCUGUCAGCUCUGGUCCCUAGGUCGAGCGGCAGAUGACGAAGUGACGAGCAGGGAAGGAAUUGGAAUCCUGGGCCCCAGUCCCCUUCGAAUCUCUCUACAAUCCCCGAUUCCGCGCCAAAUGGAGUUGAGCAAUAUCAGAACGGCGGUCGAGGACUACGCACGAGCCUCCCAGAAUGCCAUUGAAGCCGGCUUCGAUGGAGUUGAGUUACACGGCGCGAAUGGAUAUAUAAUUGAUCAGUUUCUCCAAACCAACUCAAACGAAAGGACAGACGAAUAUGGAGGGAGCAUCGUAAAUCGGUCUCGAUUUGGGCUCGAGGCAGUCAAGGCUGUCGUUGACAAGAUUGGUGCAGAGAGAACAGGCAUUCGAUUAAGUCCUUGGAGUACCUUCAAUGGUAUGAGAAUGGACAACCCAAUACCUCAAUUCAGCCACUUCAUCAAAGAGCUCAACACAUUCAACCUCGCUUACCUGCAUUUGGUCGAGUCACGAAUUGCUGGGAAUGAAGACGUUGAAAAGGCCGACCAUCUGGAUUUCGCCGUGCAGAACUGGGAUGGACCCGUUCUCAUCGCCGGAGGGUACAACGCCGCAUCAGCACAACAGCUGGUUGAUGUGGCCAGGCCGGAUAAAGAUGUCGUGGUGAUUCUGGGACGAUAUUUCAUCUCAACUCCCGACUUGCCCUUCCGCGUCCGCCAUGGCAUAAACCUCAAUCCCUACAAUCGAGAGACUUUCUAUACUCCCAAGUCUGCCGAGGGUUACGUCGAUUAUGGGUUUUCCAAAGAAUUUCUUAAUCAGGUAUCCACAGCAUUGGCGUAG